AUGGGCUGGCCAACGAGCGAGUCGUGCGCUCGAGUUGGCACAAAAGCCGCCCGUAGUACAGAAACGCGCCUAUCGACGCCCUCCUACGACACCGACACUUUGGCCGCUCGAGAGCGUCGUAUCGACACGAACGCAUCGCAAAUCGAACGAUUCGUCAAAGUGAGGGAGAUAGAGACUUGGCUUCUACCGCCCGCGCAUCGACAGAGAACAAAGUACCAGGCUGUCCUGGAUCGCUACUCAACCUUGACCCCUUCCCCAUCCGACCUGCCUGAUGCAAACGCCGAGCCACACCAAAUGGAGGACGAACAAACGAGUAGAGAGAAGAGAGAUCCAUCAGCUACCCCGCCCCUAUCACCACCCAAACACGACUUUCCAGCUCUUAUGGAUAUCCCUUACCAUUUGCAGCGUUGUUUUCCACCCCGGCCCAUUUGUCUUUCCCAAUCCGUUUUGCCUUCUACCCCGCCAACCGCUCAACUGUUUCCCGUAUGUCAAAUCAACCCAAAACUCAAACAACAUGCGAUAUUUGAGCUUACGGGUCGAUUCUCGGGCUUUGAAGACGCUACUCAACCUCUCGACUCACCCCGAACGUCAAAGUCACACGAUGCCAGUGACAAAUGGGCAGGAACGGAGAGGAAUUGUAACAG